AUGGCCUCGCGCACCCCGUCCCUUGAGUCGCUGCCCGGUGCCAACUCUAUAGGUUCGCUGGAGCGUGGCUCCCUAUCACCACUGACUUUGAGCGGCUCGUCGCCACCAGCGAGCGACUCCGCCGUAUGCGACCUCCGUGAAUUCGACGGACUCGACACAACCUGCGCGAUCUGCCGUGAAACCUUCAUUGACCCCAAGGUCCUCAACUGCUUCCACACAUUCUGCCGGAGCUGCCUAGAGAGGGAGCAAACUCACCCGGAGAAGGUCACCUGCGUCACCUGUCGCGUCGACAGCCAGCUACCAGCAGCUGGCGUUCCUGGACUCCUCACGAACCUCGUGAUAGCCGCGGCAGUAGAACAGGACGCCGAUCUACUCCCCACCGCGAGGCAGACCAACUCGCCCUCGGCCCGCUGCACGGGCUGCAAAUCGAAGGAAUCGGACGCAGUAGCCCGCUGCGUCGACUGUGCCAACUUCCUCUGUCCCAACUGCGUCAUGGCACACCAAUUCAUGCACUGCUUCGAAGGCCACCGUGUUCUCACGUUCACGGACCUCAAAGACGACAAGGGUAUGUUCGGAUCGACUUUGACGACGAGCGGUGAGAAGACCGCAUUCUGCACAAGACACAAAAACGAUAUCUUGAAAUACUUUUGUCGCACUUGCUCUGUGCCCGUAUGCAAGGAAUGCACCAUCAUAGAACACCCUGCUGCACUACACGACUGUGAACAUCUAUCCGAUGCCGGACCCAAGCAGUUAGAGCAUAUGCAGCAAGCUGUUACUGAGGCGAAAACACGUGCUACAGAAAUAAGGCACGUGGUAAAGACUGUAGAACACGCCGCAGGUAAACUGCAAGUACAAUAUCACAAAGCUCAAAAUGAAAUAAACGACACUUUCCAAUUCUACCGCUCUAUGCUUGAAGAGCGUAAGCAAGAGUUGCUAAAGGAACUCGAAAGCGUGUUUUCUACAAAACAAAUAGCUUUGACUGUGGUGGGUCAGAAAGCUCAAGAAACUGUUGACAAAAUCUAUCAAACCUGCGACUUUGUUGAGCGGCUGACGAAAUGCGCUAACAUUGCUGAAAUCCUUAUGUUCAGGAAAUUGCUAGACACCAAACUGCAAGCGUUAUUGAGUUCAAACCCAGAGCAAAGCGUUCAAACAGCCUGCGAACUCGAAUUCGUCUCGAACUAUCAGGCUAUUCAGGUUGGAGUGCGAAACACAUUCGGUUACGUGCGCUCGAGCUCCGAAGCUAAUAUCGGACCGUCCAAGCAGCCGCCUAUUGCACGCCCUACCAACGGUUCAUUGCUAAAUGGGGGUUCGUCUUCCAGUAGUAGCAGCGUGAAUGGAAGCUCCGGCAGCCUUAACGGCGGAAUUCACCUACCGACAGGCCUUAACGGCGUCCUGGAUCGUCCGUAUACGAAUGGAUUGCUCGGACCAACAAGCCAAUCGACAUCGCCUUUCGAAUCGAACAUUAUCUCGAAACGAUUCAAUAGCGCCAAUAGUCUUGGGCCUUUCACGUCCGCCAUCGGAGAUAUUAACCUGAACGGGAUCAACCCUUAUGAGAAAUGGUCGAACGGUGGUUGCGACACACUGUUCCCCCCAACCACCACCGACCCCUAUUCUCUAACGUCCGCCACCCACGCCGAUCCAAUCAUAGACUUGACGAAUAAACUAAUCUCCACGGCAAUUUUCCCCCCGAAGUCGCAAAUCAAACGGCAAAAAAUGAUUUACCACUGCAAAUUCGGCGAGUUUGGAGUGAUGGAGGGUCAGUUCACCGAGCCCAGCGGCGUCGCCGUCAACGCCCAGAACGACAUCAUCGUUGCGGACACCAACAACCACCGCAUACAGAUUUUCGACAAGGAGGGUCGAUUCAAAUUCCAAUUCGGCGAAUGCGGGAAGCGUGACGGUCAACUUCUCUACCCGAAUAGGGUGGCCGUGGUGCGCACGUCCGGCGAUAUCAUCGUGACAGAGAGGUCACCCACGCACCAGAUCCAGAUAUACAAUCAGUACGGCCAGUUCGUCCGCAAAUUCGGUGCCAACAUCCUGCAACACCCACGCGGCGUGACAGUUGACAAUAAGGGGCGCAUCGUGGUCGUUGAAUGCAAAGUGAUGCGCGUGAUAAUCUUCGACCAAGUCGGCAACGUCCUCCAGAAGUUCGGCUGCUCGAAACACCUCGAGUUCCCCAACGGAGUGGUGGUCAACGACAAGCAGGAGAUCUUUAUCAGCGACAACCGCGCGCACUGCGUCAAAGUGUUCAACUACGAGGGUAUCUACUUGAGACAGAUUGGCGGUGAAGGUGUGACCAACUAUCCCAUCGGAGUCGGCAUUAACGCGUCAGGAGAGAUCCUAAUAGCCGACAACCACAACAACUUCAACUUGACAAUUUUCACACAGGACGGCCAGCUGGUUUCUGCGUUGGAAAGCAAAGUAAAACACGCUCAAUGCUUCGAUGUGGCCCUCAUGGAUGACGGGUCGGUCGUACUCGCCAGCAAGGAUUACCGGCUCUAUAUAUAUCGCUACGUUCAAGUGCCGCCUAUAGGCAUG